ACGGGAGACAGGAAGCUCGUCUCUUACAGAGAGAGAGAUUUGAAUAUUUUGUUGAUCAUCUACAGGAACAGAUGAGAGGGGAAUAAGGACAGACAGAGGAAUGAGAGAGAGCUAGAAAUACAAGAGACUGGAAGCUUAAGGAAAUGAACAGGAUCAGACUUUUAGCUAAAUCCAACUCUGGUUUUCUUCUCCAGUCAAGGACUUCUGAACGCUUGUGGAUAUGGGCUCCAUUUUUGGCUCUUUGUGGAUAUUAGCAUUUCAGUUUUAACUUCAUCUUAACUGAAAUAACCAGAGGCUGAUUUUUCUUUUUUUUUUCUCUUUCUUUUUUUUACCUACUUUACGACCAUUUCUGACUUUCACUUUUCACCCCUGUCCCAUUCUUUGUGUCUUUCACUCUCUCGCUGGGAUGUUUAGAAACAGGUGAAAACUGAAAGUAUUUCCUUCCAUCAGAGACUGUGCAAAUGGAGAUUUUGUCCGUGGGCAGAGUAGAUUGCAGGUCAAAGCGCCUGAUGUGAGGUUGAAUGAAGUGGAAUGCCCUCUAUCCUGACAGCUGAUGUGUGACCGACUGCCGCAACAGAUGCUGAACUGAUUCUAAACUCUACUGCUGCUGCUAAACACAGACACACACACACACACACACACACACAGAGUUGGACCCGAAGAUGACAACUCACUGUAUCACAUAGAACUGGAUAUUACAAGAUAUCUUGAAGUAGAUAACUGGCAAAGUCCCGGCUGUAACCAUGGCUCCUCGGGUCAAGAUGCGCAAGGGGCGUGGCCUAUCGUCGCUAUUCCCCUGCUGUUUCAAAGGACGUGACCAACCAGAGAUCACCUACUGCCAUGAUAACAUUACUACUGUGGCUGCACUAGAGCCCACCAUGCCCAUGCCUCCUGCUGAGGAGCUGGACGCCAUGUUUACUGAGCUAGUGGAUGAACUGGACCUUACUGAGGAACACAGGAAUGCCAUGUUCGCUUUGCCGGCAGAGAAAAAGUGGCAGAUAUACUGCAGCAAGAAAAUGGAGACAGAGGAAAAUAGAGGAGCGACCAGCUGGCCAGACUACUAUAUUGAUCAGCUCAACUCCAUGGCUGUUAGGAAGACGCUGCUCGCACUUGAGGAGGAGGGGGAGGAAGAAAGGACAAAAAUCACAGAGAGCCUGAAGACAGCAUUAAGGACCCAGCCCAUGAGGUUUGUGACUCGAUUCAUUGACCUUGAUGGCCUGACGUGUAUCCUGAACUUCCUCAAGUCAAUGGACUAUGAGACAACCGAGUCUCAGAUCCACACCUCACUGAUUGGCUGCAUCAAAGCUCUGAUGAACAACUCCCAAGGCAGAGCUCAUGUUCUGGCACACAGUGAAAGCAUCAAUAUUAUUGCACAAAGUCUUGCGACUGAAAACAUAAAAACCAAGGUUGCAGUGUUGGAGAUCCUUGGUGCAGUUUGUUUGGUGCCUGGAGGCCAUAAGAAAAUCCUAGAAUCCAUGCUGCACUACCAGAGGUUUGCAUCAGAGAGGACACGCUUUCAGACUCUGCUGACAGAGUUGGAUCGAUCCACUGGUCGUUACAGAGAUGAAGUCAACCUGAAGACUGCCAUCAUGUCCUUUAUUAAUGCUGUGCUGAGCCAGGGAGCAGGAGAGGACAGUCUAGAGUUCCGUAUCCAUCUGCGUUACGAGUUCCUGAUGUUGGGCAUCCAACCAGUCAUGGACAAACUACGCUCCCAUGAAAACAUAACCCUAGACAGACAUCUGGACUUCUUCGAAAUGUUGAGGAAUGAAGAUGAACUUGUGCUGUCCAAACGCUUUGACGCUGUCCACAUAGAGACUAAAAGUGCCAGUCAGAUGUUUGAGCUGAUCAAGAACAAUCUGAGCCACACUGAAGCUCAGCCUCACUUCCUGUCUCUGCUGCAGCACUGCCUGAUGAUGCCCUAUAAGCGCACUGGUAACACACUUCAGUACUGGGUAUUAUUGGACCGGAUAGUUCAGCAGCUUGUUCUCCAGAACGAUAAAGGUGAAAACCCUGACAUCGCACCACUAGAGAACUUCAACGUCAAAAAUGUGGUCCGCAUGCUGGUCAAGGAGAAUGAAGUCAAACAAUGGAAAGAACAGGCUGAUAAAAUGAGAAAAGAGCAUCACGACUUACAGCAGCGCUUUGAAAAGAAAGAGAGAGAGUGUGAAGCUAAGACUCAGGAGAAAGAAGACAUGAUGGCGAUGCUGAACAAAAUGAAAGACAAACUAGAGCGAGAGGGCAACGAACACAAGCAAGCUAAACUGCAGCUGGCAGAGCUGGCAGCACGGCUGCAACAACUCAGCUCUAGUGGCGGUGUUCCAGGUGGGCCGCCUGUUGUUCCUGCUGCCUCUGGGGGUUCAGUUCCUCCUCCUCCUCCUCCAUCAGCUCCUGGCCUCAUUCCACCUGUCCCUCCUCCACCUCCUCCUCCACCACCCCCAGGAGGCCCACCACUUCCACCGGGUAUGGCUCCCUUUGCCCCCCCUCUUCCUGGGGCUCUGCUGGCACCUGCCAAGAAGAAGGAUAUUCCCCAGCCAUCGAACCCACUGAAAUCAUUCAACUGGAGCAAACUGCCAGAGAACAAGAUAGACGGAACUAUAUGGAAAGAAGUUGAUGAUCUCAAGGUGUUUAAAGUUCUUGAUCUAGAGGACUUCCAGAGGACCUUCUCCGCUUAUCAGAAACCUCAAAAAGACAAUGAGGAUGACCACAGUGUCGCUAAGAAGGUCAAGGAGCUGUCAGUUAUCGAUGGUCGCCGAGCACAGAACUGUAACAUUGUACUCUCACGGUUGAAGCUGACCAAUGAGGAGAUCCGUCAUGCCAUUUUGACCAUGGAUGAACAGGAAGACUUACCUAAAGACAUGCUGGAGCAGCUGCUGAAGUUUGUUCCUGAGAAAAGUGACAUUGAUUUGUUGGAGGAGCACAAGCAUGAGCUGGAGCGCAUGGCCAGGGCAGACCGCUUUCUAUACGACAUGAGCAGAAUCAACCACUAUCAACAAAGACUCCAGUCUCUGUACUUCAAAAAGAAGUUUGCUGAGAGAGUGGCGGACAUCAAACCCAAGAUCGAAGCUCUGUCUCUUGCAUCCCACCAAGUUUUCCAGUGUGAUACACUGCGUCAGCUGUUGGAAGUGGUUCUCGCCUUUGGGAACUACAUGAACAAAGGACAGCGAGGAAAUGCCUUUGGAUUUAAAAUCUCAAGCCUCAACAAAAUACCUGACACCAAGUCUAGCAUUGACAAAAACAUUACCCUGCUCCACUACCUGAUCACCAUAUUAGAACAGAAGUAUCCGAAGGUGGCACUUUUAAGUGAAGAGCUACAGAAUGUUCCAGAGGCAGCUAAAGUCAAUAUGGCAGAGCUGGAGAAGGACAUUGGGAAUCUGAGAUCCGGACUGAAGAAUGUUGAGGCGGAGUUGCAGUACCAGAAGGGUCGAACCUCUCAGGCUCCUGGUGAUAAGUUUGUCUCUGUGGUCAGCCAGUUUAUCACCAUGGCCUCCUUCAGCUUCUCUGAAUUAGAAGAGUCACUCAACGAAGCAAAAGAACUGUUUCGACAGGCACUAAGAUACUUUGGAGAGGAUUCGUCUAAGCUGCAGCCUGAUGAGUUCUUUGGGAUCUUUGAUGCUUUCCUCACGGCCUUCUCGGAGGCAAAACAGGACAAUGAGAACAUGAAGAGGCGCAAGGAGGAGGAGGAAAGACGAGCCCUCAUGGAGGCACAGCUGAAGCGAGACAGAGAGCAGAAGUCCAAAGCCAAAGCAAAAGGAGGAGGAGAAGAGGAAGGCGGGGAAUUUGAUGACUUGGUGUCUGCUUUGCGGUCCGGAGAGGUGUUUGAUAAAGAUCUGUCAAAGAUGAAACAGAACCGACGGAAACACCAGAAACAGAACUUGGCCUACAACAGCCGAGAGAGACCAGUCACUAAACUAAACUAUUAACAGUACGGGCAGUGGACAGCAACAGCUACUGUUCAUGGCUGUCUUUCACAUCUUAUAGAGAUGUGGAGAUGUCUGUUGAUGAAUGCACCUUUUACACAUAGAGAUUUAAGGGAAUACAAAAGAAAGAGAACCAACGUGAAUUAGGAGUUUUGGGAGCAUUUGUAACACUGACCUGCAAGCCCAAGGAGAACAUGGGAAACCAUGGACAGCAGAGUCUGCUGGUUUGCAUUCCAACCAUACACCACAGCAGAUUAUUUCACUAUUUCUAUGGCUGAGGGUGUGCUCAUUUGUAAGAUUACAUGGACACCAAGACUGGGAUCAUGGGGUCCCAAAUGGCUACAAUGCAAAUCAUAGCUGCAAUCUUGUAGGUUUGAAUUCCGUCCACAUCAAGACGCUCUUCCUUCCAAUCUGCGCCGUCUCUCUCCACUGUCAACCAUUAAAUAAAGGCAAAAAUGCCAAAAAAGAAUUGACGCUAUAGCAUAGAUUAAUGUGCAACAUGGAACACAAAGGCCUACUAUGUGUGUCCACAGACCAUUAGAUUAAUUGGUGGUAGGUCUGUAUUUCACUGAUAUUUACAGACCAGUAGUGGUCCACCACCACCGAAGGUUGAGAAAGACUAAAGUAGAUCUAGUCUUCCUCCUAGUUUGGAGUUUAUAGAACAGAGUUAGGGUUUGGCCAUCAAGAAACUCUAUUGCAAGAAACGCUAUUCUAGCUAAUUAUCCAUUAACAUACAAUACAUUCCUUAGUAUUUCUACAGUCAUCCAUUUCUUGGACAGGAGAGGAGAGCUUACUAGUUUACUAAUUUUAAUUUGCACACUGUUGUAAUGUAAUGGUAAUGCUUGCAAAUUGUAUACUUUGUUCUGCUCCACAGCUGUGAUUGUAUAGCAGUCAAAAUGAAUAAAAACAUAACUGCUUCAAACCAGACAGAUGGUACUCAGUAGAGUGCAGAUCCCUGCCAGCACUAUGCAGUUCUCUGGACCUGCCAUUUGUCAGUUCUUACUUUCCAUGCUUUUAACUGAAGGUAAUGUUUUUUGUUGAAUAAAUUCAAGUAAAAGUUA